CUGACGAUUCUGAAUCGUUCUGAACCAUACCCGGGAACUGCAGUGUGCGUAUGUGCUCUCAACAGCAGGAAAGUGGCAUUUCCCUCCUUAUAUUAAUUUUUUUUUUUUUUUUUUUUUUUACAAAUCAACGUUAAGAACAAAUUCUGUCCUCCGUGAAGCACACGCCGAGAGGACUGCAUAAGACUUAUACAUUUUAACUUUACCUACUACGAAGUUAGUGAAUAUGACUGAACCAGAGGUGAAUCCAAAAGCCUAUCCGCUUGCUGACGCAACGCUGAGUAAAACAAUACUGGAUCUUGUACAGCAAGCUUCCAAUUAUAAGCAACUGCGGAAGGGGGCUAAUGAAGCCACCAAAACCUUGAACCGAGGUAUUUCGGAGUUCAUUGUGAUGGCUGCUGAUGCUGAACCACUGGAGAUAAUUCUUCACCUGCCACUUUUGUGUGAGGAUAAGAACGUCCCGUAUGUAUUCGUGCGCUCAAAACAGGCUCUGGGACGAGCCUGCGGAGUCUCCCGACCAGUCAUCGCCACAUCUGUUACCAUUAAGGAGGGUUCACAGCUCAAACCCCAGAUUCAGUCCGUGCAAAUGGCCAUUGAGAGGCUGCUGGUCUGACUCUGAAGUCAUGAUGAAAGCAUGAUGUGGACAUACAGCGUGAAAUAUCUAUGAUGAGUUCAAUGUGUGUCCUUUGCAUGGCAGAGGAACCCUUUUUUUUUUUUUUGCUCUAAAAGGCAAGUUAUUUUACUAUCCUCUCUGGUUUAUCUGCAACUUUUUUUUUUUAUUUAACUUUCACGUUUUAGUGUAGUUUUUCUUAAGCUUUGAUCAUGCUCAUACCACAUUGUUAAGCCUGUGAACUUUUUUUGUAGAGUUAAGAUAAACAUUUUGUUCAUGGUA